AUGUGUGCCCAGUCUAUUCAGCGGCUCCUGGUCGCAAACAGCAGAGGCGAAAUCGCUGUCCGUAUUCUUCAAGCUGCACGCGAACUUUCGCCAUCAAUUGAGACAUUUGCUCUUUAUACAGAUGACGAUCGUUCUCACUGUGAUAUUGGACGUCCCCACCAUGCAGUGCGAAUACCAUCUGCUGCGGCCUACUUGGACAUCCCGUUGCUCGUUAAUCUGAGCCGCGAACAUAACAUUGACUCUGUGCACCCCGGAUAUGGCUUCCUUAGCGAGAGUGCAGAAUUUGCCAGUCGUAUGCAUGAUGCUGGAAUUACUGUCAUUGGUCCUGGACCCGAGACACUGUCCUGCACAGGAGACAAACUCAAAGCCAAACAGCUGGCAACGCAAUGUAAAGUUCCCGUUCUGCCGGCUAUGCCAAGAUCCACCUCCGAUUUGAAAGAGAUACGCACGUUUGCGCGGCAGGUCGGGUACCCCAUUAUGAUCAAGGCGGUUGAUGGUGGAGGAGGCCGCGGUAUCCGCUUGGUGCGGCAGGAAGGCGAGCUGGAGCACGCCGUGCGGGCAGCAACUAACGAGUCACCAUCACAGACGGUUUUUGUGGAAAAGGCCGCUGUGGAUGGAUUUCACCACGUUGAGGUCCAAGUCGUGGGUGACGGUAUUGACGUGUGUCACCUCUGGGAGCGUGACUGUAGCUUGCAGCGUCGUUUCCAGAAGGUCGUUGAAUUCGCUCCGUCGCUUAUGCAAAACCGGGAGGUGGUGGAGCAAGUAUUGAAUGCCGCCCUUCGCAUGGCAAAGGCAAUUCGAUACCGAUCUCUUGGAACAGUCGAAUUCCUAGUUCACAACCACCGAAGAGAGUUCUAUUUCCUCGAGAUCAACCCUCGCCUGCAGGUGGAGCAUACCAUUACUGAGAACAUUACCAGUGUGGAUUUGGUGCAGACACAGCUCAAACUUGCCAUGGGAUUGUCGCUCGCUCAAGUUGGGUUGCUGAAAGACCGCCCGGUACAGGCUCAGGGCCACUCUAUCCAACUGCGAUUGUGCGCCGAAGACCCAACUAGGGAUUUCCACUUAAGUAUAGGCAAGAUCACUGAAUUUAUCGUGCCAAGUGGCCACGGCGUUCGCAUUGACACCCACGUUGAUACGUCGGGUUCAAGCCCCGUUACGGUUGGAGCGAAUUUUGAUAACAUGUUGGCAAAGGUCAUCGUCACUGCGCCCAGUUGGGAGGCCACCGUCUCGAAAGCUCGGCGAGUGCUAACCGAUAUCAAGAUAUCUGGGGUGCAGACCAAUUUGAACCUGUUACGAGGAGUUCUUUCCCAUGAUGACAUUUUGACAGGACAGGUCGAUACACAGUGGCUGGAAAGACAUCUUGGACAUGUGAUCCAAUCAGGAGAGACAAUUGCUCAAUCUGUGUCAGAAAAUCAAGUAGUGGCAUUUGUCAAGCAGAUGAAGAUGGAGCUUGAGGUGCGAAGCCCACGAGGGGGCCGAGUUCGGUGGGUAUAUCAAAUGGAUGAAGAGGAAGAAGACGUGGCAGAGGGUAUGUUGUUGGUGGAACUUGAGGAAGAAGUCCGGGGAAAGUUGUAG